AUGACGAAAAUAGAGGAAGAAGAACAGCAGGAAAAGAAAGAAUACUUAGACGAAGAGGAGGAGGAGCUGUGUUUGUUCUUGCAGCUGGAACAGAUGGUGAAGGAUGAAGAGAAAGACGAAGAAGAGAAGGACAAGAAUCAGAACAUGUCUUUGUUCCUUGAGCUGCAUAAGAUUGUGAAAAUGCAAGAAGACAAGCUUCAAGAAAGCCAACACAGCGAGCUGAGAGUCAAGCAGGGUAAGGCGACCUCCGUAAAAACAUGCGAGGGCAAGACACGCUCCCGCAUCCCAUUGCCCGUCGCACACUUUGGGAUUAGCGGCGCCGGGCGAUGCGAGGCGAGAGUCCAGCGGGACAACACAUUCGAGGGCAAGAAACCCUCUCGUAUCCCCGUCCCAAUCAGGACCAAGAAGUCCUCGGCCAUCAGCUCUCAACUCAAAGAUGAAAUGCCGGAAAAGGAACAGAAAGAAAUCCAAGAGAGUGAUAACAUGGACAAAGAGGAGAAGGAGCAGCUGGAACAGAUGGUCAAGGAUAACGAGAAAAAAGAUUCGAUUCAAGAAAACCAAACCAGAAAGAAAGAGGUAAAGAAGACACAUUCCCGCAUCCCAGUGCCCAUCCCACACUUUGAGAUGCGAUGUGAGGGCAAGAUUGAGGGGAACAAGGCGACUUCCACCAAAACAUUCGAGGGCAAGAAACCCUCCCGCAUCCCCGUCUCAAUCUCGGCCAGGAAGUCCUCGACAUGGAACACACAACUCAAAGGUGAAAUGGCGAAACUGAAGGAAGAGGAACAGCAAGAAAUGAACGAGAAAGAAGAAAUGAACAAAGAAGAGGAGAAGGAACAAGACGAGUUGUCUGAGUUCCUCGCUCUCGAAGAACAGCUGGAUAACGAAGAGACUCAAGUACAACUAGAAAACUUGUCAGCGUUUUUCGAACUGGAACAUUUGAUGGAAAAGAAGAAAGAAGAACAAAAGGAAGAAGGUAAUGAAACGGAUGAGGAGGAGCAAGACGAGUUGUCUUUGUUCCUGCAGCUGGAACAGAUGUUCAAGGAUGAAGAGAUGGACGAGGAAGAAAACCAAGCCGCGGAGGAAGAGAUAAAGAAGCCACGAAGAAAAGUGAGUUUCAACUUCGAUAACCUCACCUCCACCAUCAAGGAGAGGGAGUUGUACCGAGGACGGGAGUACUUCAGGUUCUUCAAACCACUCUCUGUCCUCCGCCCGGCCCUAUGCCCACAGAAGGAGACAGGCUUCGUGGACGCGACCUCCGUCAAAACAUGCGAGAGCAAGACACGCUCCCGCAUCCCAGUGCCCGUCGCACACUUUGGGAUUAGCGGCGCCGGGCGAUGCGAGGCGAGAGUCCAGCGGGACAACACGACGUCUGUCAAAACAUUCGAGGGCAAGAAACCCUCUCGCAUCCCCGUCCCAAUCUGGACCAAGAAGUCCUCGACAGGGAACACACUAGCCCGUCCCCAGACCAAAGGUGAAAUGUUGAAACUGGAGAAAGAGGAACGGAAGGAAAUGAACGAGAAAGAAGAAAUGAACGAAGAGAAGAAGGAGGAACAGGACGAGUUGUCUUUGUUCCUCGCUCUUGGAGAACAGCUGGAGAAGGAGGAGCAAGACGAGUUGUCUUUGUUCCUGCAACUGGAACAGAUGGUAAAGGAUGAAGAGAGGGAAGAGAAGGAACAGGACGAGUUGUCUGUGUUCCUCGCUCUUGGAGAACAGCUGGAGAAGGAGGAGCAAGACGAGUUGUCUUUGUUCCUGCAGCUGGAGCAGAUGGUAAAGGAUGAGGAGAGGGAAGAGGAAGAAAAGGAAGGUUUGUUUGAGUUUUUCACCCUCGCUGAAUUGAUGGAUAACGACGAGACACAAGAUCCAAUGGAACAAGUGUCAGCGUUCUUCCAACAAUUAUUGUUCAGCUUCCUCUACUAA